UAUAAUCCCAAUAAAGUGUUCUCUGUAGAAUAGUAAGGAAACGCUCAGGGGUCCCAGGGAUCCUCUGUCAUCCUAGGGGAUGCACAGAAAUGUAAUGGCCAUGGAGACUUGCCAGUGUGUUUUCCUCUUGCCCACUGCUUAAGAGACUUGGGUCAUCUGGGAGGACUGGCCAUCUGGGGACUUUGUCAGAGCUGUUCUCUCUUGGAAUCUCCGGGCGAACUCAGGAGGAUGUGAUCUCUGCUUCCUGGUAGGUGAGCUCUUCCACUCUGCUGUCUGUCCUGGCCUUGCAGGAACGUGUGACAUCGCUGGGCCUGGCUGUGGGAGUCACCGGAGCCGCUCCCUGAUGGUGUGACCGUUCGCAGUGUCCAAGGCUUUGCGCAAGCGUGAUGCAAGGAAUCUGGGCACCGAGAGGGUCUACAUCUGGUGCUCACGCUGGGUUGUGUUUUCUUUCAGAAGUUCAUUUCCAGAGAGGAAAUAAGAACCACAGGGAUGCAAAGCGGGGCAUUUUCUGAAGUGGUCUUGGCCGAAGAGAAGGCCAGUGGAAGACUCUUUGCGGUGAAGUGCAUCCCUAAGAAGGCGCUGAAGGGCAAGGAGAGCAGCAUAGAGAACGAGAUAGCUGUUCUGAGAAAGAUCAAGCAUGAAAACAUUGUCGCCCUGGAGGACAUUUACGAAAGCCCAAACCACUUGUACUUGGUCAUGCAGCUUGUAUCCGGCGGAGAGCUGUUUGAUCGGAUAGUGGAGAAAGGAUUUUACACAGAGAAAGAUGCCAGCACUCUGAUCCGCCAAGUCUUGGAUGCUGUCUACUAUCUCCAUAGAAUGGGCAUUGUCCACAGGGACCUCAAGCCUGAAAAUCUGUUGUACUACAGUCAAGAUGAGGAAUCCAAAAUAAUGAUCAGUGACUUUGGAUUGUCAAAAAUGGAGGGCAAAGGAGAUGUGAUGUCCACAGCCUGUGGGACCCCGGGCUAUGUUGCUCCUGAGGUCCUGGCCCAGAAACCAUACAGCAAAGCUGUUGACUGCUGGUCCAUCGGGGUGAUUGCCUAUAUCUUGCUCUGUGGCUACCCUCCUUUUUAUGAUGAAAAUGAUUCCAAGCUCUUUGAACAGAUCCUCAAGGCAGAAUAUGAGUUCGACUCCCCCUACUGGGAUGACAUCUCCGACUCUGCAAAAGACUUCAUCCGGAAUCUGAUGGAGAAAGAUCCAAAUAAAAGAUACACUUGUGAGCAAGCAGCUCGGCACCCAUGGAUUGCUGGUGACACGGCCCUCAAUAAAAACAUCCAUGAGUCUGUCAGUGCCCAGAUCCGGAAGAACUUCGCAAAAAGCAAAUGGAGACAAGCGUUCAAUGCCACAGCCGUCGUGAGGCAUAUGAGGAAGCUUCAUCUUGGCAGCAGCCUGGACAGUUCAAAUGCAAGUGUUUCCAGCGGCCUCAGCUUGGCCAGCCAAAAAGAUUGUCGGGCACCCUCCACGCUCUGUAGUCUCGUUUCUUCCUCAUCGGGGGUCUCUGGAGUGGGGGCAGAGCGGAGACCGAGGCCCACCACUGUGACCACAGUGCACUCUGGAAGCAAGUGACUGGCUCUGGAGGCGGGGCCCAGGGGCGGGGCCAGGGAAGGGGGCCCCCAGCGCCACCAGCCACUCUGGAGCGAUCCCACCUUGCAUGGUGCACCUUCCUGCACAGGACUGGAAGACAGAAGUUUUUUAUGGCCAUAUUUUAUACUGCAAUUCUGAAGUGUUCAUUUCUCACAAACUAUACUGACUCAAGGGAGCUGACGUAAUAGGAUCUGGUGCUGUACAUAUGAAUCUUGCAGAAGCUCUGACGGAACGGACCUCCCGCGUCCUCUCCCCCAAGCCCUGUCAUUUCCGCUCUUCUCGG